AUGCAGCUCCUACUCCUAACAACCAUGCACCUGCUGCAGCUGCUCCUGCUGACCUCCGCCGUGGCCACAACCAGUGCAGCUGCAGGCUUGUAUCCGUCAAGCCAUGACCAUGACGACGAGAGAGCUCUUGUGGCUUUCAAGGCCAAGAUCUCCGGCCACUCAGGCGUGCUGGACUCGUGGAACCAGAGCACCAGCUACUGCAGCUGGGAGGGCGUCACCUGCGGCAGGAGGCACCCGUGGAGGGUGGUAGCCCUGAACCUCAGUUCCCAGGGUCUCGCCGGCACCAUCUCCCCCGCCAUCGGCAACCUCACCUUCCUGCGCUUGCUCAACCUGAGCUACAACAGCCUUCACGGUGAGAUCCCUGCCAGCAUCGGCUCCCUCAGGCGCCUUCAACGCCUUUACCUGGUCCAAAACACGCUCACUGGUGUCAUCCCAGGUAACAUCAGCCGCUGCAUCAGCCUCCGUGAGAUCCGCAUCCAACACAACAUAGGCCUGCAGGGAAGCAUCCCAGCCGAGAUUGGCAACAUGCCAUCGCUCUCAGUUCUACAGCUGUCAAACAACAGCAUCACCGGAACUAUCCCGUCUUCUCUUACAAACCUUUCCCGGCUGACCAUGCUAUCCUUGGCAGCCAACUAUCUUGAGGGAUCGAUCCCUGCAGGCAUCGGGAACAAUCCGUAUCUCGGUUUCCUUCAGCUCUCCCAUAAUAAUCUCUCCGGUCGGCUCCCUCCUUCCCUAUUCAACCUGUCAUCUCUUUAUAUCUUUUAUGCGGCUUUCAACCAGCUCCAUGGCCAUCUACCAUCAGACCUGGGGAAAAGCCUUCCGAGAAUCCAACAGUUUGGGAUUGCAGGAAACCGAUUUACUGGAGCUCUUCCGCCAUCGCUAACCAACCUCUCCAGGCUCCAGCUUCUUGACUUGGGAGCUAAUAAUUUUACUGGAGUUGUUCCUGCUGAAUUGGGCAGAUUGCAACAACUUGAAAUGUUUGCUCUGGAAGAAAACAUCUUAGAAGCAAACAACGAGGAAGAGUGGGAAUUUAUUGAUUCUUUGGUGAAUUGUAGCAGAUUAAAGGAACUGGGCAUUGGAUCGAACAAAUUUUCAGGGAAGCUGCCAGGUCUGUUGGUUAAUCUGUCUACUAAUCUCCAGCUGCUGCAAAUUGCCAACACCAACAUAUCCGGUGCCAUCCCACCAGAUAUAGGAAAUUUGGAAGGUCUUGAGAUGCUUGAUUUUGGUGAAAACUUACUCACUGGGGUCAUUCCUGAAAGCAUCGGGAAGCUUACACGAUUGCUGGUGCUAGGCCUCAAUUCAAACUACCUCUCAAGACAUCUACCAUCCUCCAUCGGGAACCUGUCUAGUCUACUUCAGCUUUAUGCAGGCGGCAACAGCUUGGAGGGGCCAAUUCCACCAACCAUUGGAAACUUGAGCAAACUUUUAGGCCUAGAUCUGUCAUAUAACAACCUUACUGGCUUGAUUCCUAACCAAAUUAUGGAGCUGCCAUCGAUCACAAUGUUUCUGGAUCUGUCCAACAACAUGCUGGAGGGACCACUUCCGUCAGAAGUUGGUAGUUUGGUACAUCUUGAACAGCUCUUCCUAUCAAGAAACAAACUGUCAGGUGAGAUACCUGAUACUAUUGGCAACUGCAGGGUCAUGGAAAUCCUCUCAAUGGAUGGCAACUCGUUCCAAGGAAAUAUACCUGCUACGUUCAAGAACAUGGCAAGCUUGACUGUACUUAAUUUGACGGACAACAAACUAGAUGGAAGCAUCCCUGGCAACCUGGCUACCCUUACCAACCUGCAGGAGUUGUAUCUUGGCCACAACAAUUUAUCCGGAACAAUUCCAGAGCUUUUAUUUAAUUCAACAUCGCUGCUUCGUCUAGAUCUGUCCUACAACAGUUUGCAAGGUGAAGUACCAAAAGGAGGAGUUUUCAAAAAUUUGACUGGACUAUCAAAUGUUAGUAACAAUGCAUUAAAGUCCAAGACAGCACCGAAGAAAGAUCUGCCACCACAAUUUGCAAAGGUAGAGCUUCCAAUAGUUCCAUACAAUGAUAUACUGAAAGGAACAGAUGGAUUUUCAGAAGCAAAUGUGCUUGGAAAGGGAAGAUAUGGUACAGUAUACAAGGGCACACUAGAAAAUCAAGCCAUUGUCGUCGCCGUAAAGGGUCAAGACUUCAGAGCACUAGUCUUUGAGUUCAUGGCUAAUGGCAGCUUAGAUAGAUGGAUCCACUCAAAUUUAGAAGGCCAAAAUAGACAAGGAGCGCUGAGUCUGUCACAGAGGUUGGAUAUCGCUGUGGACAUUGUGGAUGCUUUGGACUAUCUUCACAACGGUUGCCAGCCAUUGAUCAUCCAUUGUGAUCUCAAUCCAAGUAACAUUCUUCUCAAUCAGGACAUGAGAGCUCGAGUUGGAGAUUUUGGCAUUGCUAGAGUUCUAGAUGAAGCAACAACAAACAUCCUGUGA